AUGAAUGUUUCUAGCUCUAUCUCUUUCCUUAUGAAAGCAGUUUACAAAGGAGACACCACUGCACUCCAAAGGAUAAUAAAAUCUGGAGCCAAUGUUAACGUUCUGGAUGAAAAUGGAGAACCUCUGAUAUUUACCCCAAUCAUUAAUGGUGGUAUGGAUACUCUAAAGGUACUCCUACCCUAUGCUGAUACCAACAUGACGAAUGAUGAUGGUAGAACAGUUUUAAUGGUUGCAGUUGAAAUGAACGAUAUGGACAUGGUGAAAAGGAUAAUGAAAUCAGGAGCAGACGUGAACAAAAACGACAACUCUGGAAAAACUCCCUUACUGAUAGCUUUGGAGGGUGGCACUUUUAAAAUUGCAGAAUACCUGAUCAAACACGGAAGUGACGUCAACGUUGUGGAUGAUCUUGGUCAAUCUGCCCUCCAUCUUGUGGCAACUGGAAAGAAUAAUGACAGUACAAAAAUUGUCAAAAUACUUUUUAACUGUGGUUACCAGAUGAAGGAUAUAGACAAUUGGCUCAGCCCGGAAGAUCUGAUGUCCAACCCA